AUGGAGCCCCUAAUAGAUAGAAACAACUUUGCCGUGAGUGCUAUAGUCACCGUGGCGAUGCAGAUAUUAUUUUUCAUGAUCGCCUCGCUGUCACAGAGCGACAAAGUUACAGAUUUCACUGGUGGUGCCAAUUUUAUCAUUAUAGCAUUGUUAACGUUCUUCCUCGGCCAAGGCGGCAGCACGCUGAAGAAUUACGACAGCAGGCAGCUCAUGGUCACCGCGUUCGUGUGUGUUUGGGGCGUGAGGCUCUCGGGAUAUCUCCUGUACCGCAUCUAUCACAUCGGUAGAGACAAACAGUUCGAGGACCGUAAGAGCAACACACUGAGGUUUGGCGUGUUCUACACUUUCCAGGCGGUAUGGGUGUACGUAGUCAGCUUACCUGUCAUCAUCAUCAAUUCACCUCACCACUCGUAUCCGAAGGCUCCAAAAACCAUGACAACGUUAGAUUCAGCCGGAGCAGGUAUAUUUGUGAUUGGACUGUUGAUUGAGACAUAUGCUGAUUUGCAGAAAUUCGCAUUUCACCAGGAACCAACCAAUCAAGGACGAUGGUGCAACGACGGUUUAUGGGGCCUGUCAAGACAUCCUAACUAUUUUGGAGAAGUUGUUCUCUGGUGGGGCAUUUUUAUAAUAUCAUUAAAUGUUAUCGAAGGUGUCGAAUACGUCGCUAUUUUAUCGCCUCUAUUCACAGCCGCCAUCAUAUUGUUCUUAUCUGGAAUACCGCUGCUCGAGCGAUCGGCGGACGAAAAGUAUCGUGAUAACCCAGAUUAUUUGUAUUAUAAGGCGUCAACGUCACCCUUUAUACCAAUACCGCCAGCCAUGUACGUCGAAGUGCCGAGGUUUCUCAAGUGUAUACUGUGCUGCGAAUUCCCGAUUUACGAUUCCACAAGGGACGAGUUCCCCGCGCCCACUAUUGUCACUGAGACCACCAGCAUAUCGAUGGUGCAGUCUCAGACAUAGCUAACAAACGCCGCGCGCGACAGCGCUGCGGCAAAAGAAUCGAGCAAUCCAAAGAGCCAGAACAACCAAAAACAAUUGUGAUACACGGCCGAGGACGUACCUCAAAAGAAAUUGCCAAAUUCGUUGCCAUUAAAACAAAACAAUACUUUAGAUAUGAAUCGUUAUAAUAUAUACAUGGAAAACUUAAGGCGUAGCAAAGAAGUUGCGCUAGGAUUAUUAGAUGAAACUAAAGAUAUUAUCGAGGGAAUCCCGGAGGAGAAACCCACCACAAAUAUUAGGUUAAGAUCACAGAAAGAUGACGUAGAAUUAAGUGCACCGAGUACGAGUAGACAGGAAAGUAAAAGACCCGCAGAGUAUGUAAAGUACGGCAAAAUUACGUUCAACACUACAGCAAUAUUACAUCACUACCCGCAAAUGCAGAACAACGUUCGUUCUGACAUCUGUGUAGGUAGAGAGGUGACGAAAAAAUCAGAUCUCAACAAACCCGACGAGGCGAAAGUCGAUAACAAUAAUCAAAUACAGUCUGAAACAAAUGAAACUAAAAUAAACAUAAAUAAAAUUAAGGUAAACGAUAAUAAUAACGAUUUGAUAAGAUCUAAUUGUAUCAAAUCGAAACCUCUAGAAGUAUUAAGGAAUUCUGUUAAAUUUACAGAAGAGAAGCUUGUAUGAGAUUCGGCCAAAAACUUUUCAUUUAAAACGAAAAUGAAAAGAUAUUGGCACAAGGUGCCCUUUAGAGUGAAAUGAUACAUAUCGAAAUAUAAACUGCUGUAAAUAACAUUAAAAGACUGGAUAUUCUGAAUCUAACGAACCUCGUAACAAAUGAUAACACUAAAUGUACUUCCAGAUGAAACUGGGUUCUUAUGAUGAGACCCACCUCUACUCGGAGACGAGGAAGGUUACAUGUAAUGGCGUGUACAAAAUAAAUUAGUUAAAAUAGUCGAUUCCGUCUCAAAUAGAAUAAUUUUCUUCCUAUUACUUGUUAAAUAUUAACUACAUGUAAAUAUAGAUGUAGAAAUAAUAUAACAAAAUAUAUCAGCUUAGAAUUUUGGUAA